CGUCCCUGAAGCUUCGCCCUGUGACUCUGCUUCAAUCCGAAUAAAACCAUUUCUUUAUUUAUUGACUGAUUGAUUGUUUUUGGAUAUAAUCUGAUCAAUCCUCAACGGGAUCUACUCUUCCUCCUCCUCCUCCUCCUCACUCUUCACUUUCUCCUGCAGCAUUUUCCCAGAGUGAACAAUAGAGCCGUGGAUGCUGGUGUACAUGGCCGUGUCUAAGGGGGGCAGCACUCUGCGGGACCUGCAGCUGGCCCUGCAGCUGAAGAUCGAGGAGCUGCGACAGAGAGACGCGCUCAUCGACGACCUGGAGCUGGAGCUGGACACCAAAGACGACCUCAUCCGACAGCUGCAGUACGAGCUGGACAGACACCGCAGCUCCUCGCAGGUCACUGUUAGUGUCGCGGAGACGACAAACACAGAAGAAGCAGUGACUGUGAAUCCAGUGGGUUCUGAUGAGCCUCUGCGUACAAAGAGACAGGCUAUCUCAGCAGAACCGUCAGCACUGGACCCGUCACAGCUGACCGAUGUCACGCUAACAAGCUACUGCAAAUCAAAAGAAUCCAGUGAGUUGAUUCAGAAAGCUCUGAUGGACAACGACUUUAUGAAACACCUGGAACACGGACAGAUCCUCACCAUCAUGGACUGCAUGCGUCCGACCAGCUUAACCAAAGGCUGCUGUGUGAUCCAGGAGGGAGACGACGGCUCCACCGUCUACGUCCUGGAGGAGGGGAUGGUGGAGGUGACAAAACAAGGGAAGAAACUGUGCAGCAUCGGUCCAGAGAAAGUGUUCGGAGAACUCGCCAUCCUGUACAACUGCACACGCACAGCCACUGUCACAGCCUUGACGGACAUUAAGCUGUGGGCGAUUGACCGGCAGGACUUCCAGACCAUCAUGAUGAGGACUGGUCUCAUCAAACUGUCCCAGUACACAGACUUCCUCCGCAGUGUCCCGUCUUUCCAGUCUCUCCCUGAGGACAUUCUCAGUAAACUGGCCGACGUGCUGGAGGAGACUCAUUACAGCGACGGUGAUUACAUUAUCCGUCAGGGAGCCUCCGGGGACACGUUCUUCAUCAUCAGCCAAGGACAGGUGAAAGUCUCUCAGCAGAACUCAGACACUGACGAGCAGGUGCCAGAGAAGACGCUCACUAAAGGAGACUGGUUUGGAGAGCAAGCACUGAAAGGCGAGGACGUCCGUACAGCCAGUGUCACGGCAGUGGGAGACGUCACAUGUCUGGUCAUUGAUAGAGAGUCGUUCAAACAGCUGAUCGGAGGACUGGACGACGUCAACAACAAGCAGUGCGACAACGACGAGGUCAAGGCCAGGCUCCAAGAAGAGUCAGACUUCUUCUCCAGUGUUACACUCAAGGACUUCAAUAUCAUCUGCACGCUGGGGAUGGGAGGCUUCAGCCGUGUGGAGCUGGUGCAACUGAAGAACGAUUCCACGCGAUCUUUCGCCCUCAAAGUGUUGAAGAAGCGUCACAUCCUGGACAGCAGCCAGCAGGGCCACAUCCUGUCAGAGCGCCGCAUCAUGAUGGAGGUUCACAGUCCGUUCAUCAUCAGGUUGUACCGGACGUUCAGAGACUCCAAAUAUCUGUACAUGCUGCUGGAGGUUUGUCUCGGAGGAGAACUGUGGACGCUGCUCAGGGACAGAGGUUCGUUUGACGACAGCAUCACACGUUUCUACACGGGCUGCGUCAUCGAGGCUCUGGCUUUCCUGCACGCCAGAGGAAUCAUCUACAGAGACCUGAAGCCGGAGAACAUCAUCCUGGACCACAAAGGAUACGCCAAACUGGUGGACUUUGGCUUCGCUAAGAAAGUGGGUCUGGGGAAGAAGACAUGGACGUUCUGUGGGACUCCUGAGUACGUGGCUCCUGAGAUCAUCCUGAACAAAGGUCACGACAACUCGGCCGACUGCUGGUCGCUGGGGAUUUUGGUGUUUGAGCUGCUCAGUGGCAGUCCUCCAUUCUGUGGCUCUGACCCCAUGAAGACCUACAACAUCAUCCUGAGAGGCAUCGACAUGGUGGAGUUUCCCAAGAAGAUCACGAAGAGCGCGGCCAACCUCAUCAAACGCCUGUGCAGGUUUGAGUCUGAGCGACAACAACUGACACACACCGACUCACACUGCUGAGUCAUCGUGU